AUGUGGGUAUCCACAGCUGUACUGAGGUCGGUAUCAGCAGUCCAGUCCACCAUCUCUGGACACAUGCUGGCCUCAGCUCGGCCUCGCUGCUUUAAGGUGUGCACCAGCAGUCGGAGGCGGCGGCGAGGUCUGGAGGCGGCGUCUCUGGACGAGCUGCUGGAGCAGGCAGCGAGGGUGUUGGUGCUGUCCCGUCACUUCCUGAGCUUGGUCCUGGAGGAGGACGGGACUGUGGUGGACUCAGAGGAGUUCUUCCAGUCUCUGCCCAGCAACGCAGCACUGAUGGUGCUGGAGAAGGGAGAGACGUGGACGCCGAACAAGGUCUUCCCGAGCUUCCGUCAGUCAAAGAGGAAUGUAAUUGCUAAACUGACCUUUGACCUCUACAAGCUGCACCCUAAAGACUUCCUGUGCUGCUUCGCCAUCAAAGCCACCCUGUAUGAGGUGUACACACUGUCCCACGACUUCAGGUUCAGGAUGAAACACGUCCUCAAGUCGCUGCUGUGCUGCCUCACCUGUCUGACCAGACUGGCCGGUCAGCUGCUGCUCCACACGUCUUCAUCAUUACUGCAGCUCACCGGAGACGAUGACUGCUAG